CAGAUCUCUGACAGGGGAAGGCAACUUCAACUGGAGAUUUAUCUUUCCCUUUGAUUACCUGGUGGCCGAGGAGAAGAUCGUCAUCUCGCGGAAGGAAACGCUCUUCUCGUGGGACGAGACUGAGUCUAAGAUACCCGCCCGUCUGAACAUGCAGGUCUGGGAUGCUGACCACUUCUCAGCAGACGACUUUCUGGGUAAGGUUUUCUUUUCCAUUUUAAAAAAAAAAUUUUUUUUAUUGUGUUAAAAAAUAAUUAUAAUCAAUCCCUCUCAAUCCCAAGAACUAAAACUAAGACCAUCGGUGAACGCUCCUUCUGCUUCCAUGGGCCCACGUUCUGGAACCAGCUCCCCUUCCAUAUACGUCAUAGUGAAACCUCGUCCAUUUUCAAAAAGUCCCUUAAAACUCAUCUGUUUAGGUCCGCCUAUGACCUGUGAUGCACCCUCCUUGACCUACCUAAUUUUCUGUUUCGGUUUAAUCCUGAAGUGUCAAAGUGUCCUCGUUUUAUAGCCAUUUUCAUUGUUUCUAUAAAAUAGUAGUUACUAUCCUAGUGUCUCAUUUGUAUUUACUUAGUUUACAUGUUUUAAUAACUGUAAAGCGCUUAGAGCUUUAUGAUAAGCGCUAUAUAAAAAUGCCUAAAUAAAUAAAUAAAUAAAUCAGUAAAUUGAUGAAAUGGUUGCCAAAUUUGAACAAUUUUAUUAAAAGUCUUUAAUUCAAAGUAGAUUUUUUUUAAUUUUUUUUUUUUGGUACUUAUUUCCAUGUGAUUCCCCGCAGUCAAAGAAAUUAAUGAGGCAUAUGAAGAUCACUUGUCUUUGAAAUUUAGCAAGUGUGAUGUAGAGCAGUGGUCGACACACAAUUAAGGCACGCGUGUCUUGCGGUAGGCCAAAUAAAAAUAAAAUUAAGACAUGACUGAAAGAGGGGCGUCUUGCAAAGUAGACUAAUACGUUGCUGGCAUGCUGAUUGAAGUAGAAACGAUUUCUUGGCACAAUAUUACCAGAAGGUUGCCGACCCGUGAUGCAGAGCGUUUCCAUUAUUACUCAUACAUUGGUCCGGUCCCAAAGCUCGUUAACACCGCCCCCGAGGACCAGCACUGGGUGAGGCCUCUUAGGUGUCCCCAGGGCACAGCGAAGAAAGGUGCUCAUUGCUAAAUAUCACAGCACCGUAAUUGAAAACAGAUGAUGAUUUACAAAAGUCUCUUACUGCAAGCCAGGGCCUGGGGACACUCCAGGAUGUUUGUGGGGUGGGGGGGCUGGGGGGGGGGUUGAGUGGAACGCGUUCCACACCUUGCCAUACGGAUAAUUCCACCCUGCUGCCAGUCCUCCGGUGAUUAAUUACGGAAUAUGAGCUAACGCUCAUCUGGCAAGUCAACUUUGAUUAACAAUACCGCCGAGCAGUGACGUAGAAGGGGCGGAAAGGGCAGAUUUUUGUUUUCGUGAAAGAGGGCGGCGAAAAACUCGGACCGCCCCGGGCGUCAAUGACCCCAGCUUCGCUACGCUGCCGAUAUCCUUUUCUUCACACCGUUGUAGUGUCACACAAUGGUGGGCCAAAGUGCCGGGUGCGGGGCGGGGGCCCCUCGCAUCCAUUUAUGACGUCACGCUAUUUGGGGCGAUUUUGACCCACACGUCCACCUAGUAUCCUCACUAAAUUUAUCAAGCAAUUCGACUUUUAUCCUAUAUCAUCGCAAAUUCACCCUUCAUAUCACCGCGCUCCACCCCCACCCCCCCCCCUCCAUUUACUCCUUUAGUUUCUUGUUCUGAUCUCCUCAGGCGCCCUGACCUUAGAUCUGAACCGCUUCCCGCGCGGGGCCAAGUCGUCGAAGCUGUGUACCUUGGACAUGUUGAAAACCGACGGGUCAGUGCCCCAGAUGUCGCUGUUUAAACACAAGAGGGUCAAGGGCUGGUGGCCCUUCCACGUGAAGAACGAAGGGAGCGAAGAUCUGGAGCUUACGGUAAGCUAAGAGCAAGAACGAGUUACGCGGAGCUGGCUUGGUUUGGGAUUAGGGGGGGGGGGUGGAGUGGGCGGUUAAUUUGGUGAUAAAAAGUUUUGGGAUGAAUUGAUAUGUGUUGGUGAAAUUGGAUAUGCUUUUUCACAUGUUUUCAAUAAUGCUAGAUUGGGACGUUCCAGGAAUUGUUUUAUGUAUGUUUCUUGUUUGCUUCAAACUCUGAGCGAUUAAAAUUACCUCAUGGUUCUUGGCCUGGAACAAGUGGGUUAAAUUAAUACAAAGAAUCUUGCUCUUCAAGAACAUUAAUCUGUUCUGGUUGACUGAACGCACGAGGUGUUCACGCCUAGGUGUAGCACGAAGGAAAGAGUAGGAUUCGCGGAUGGAGUAGGAUAGCGCCUGUGUCAUAGAUCAAAGCUUGCGAAAGCGACGGGAUGGUUUCAGAAUGUGGGAUGGAGGUUUUCACUUGACUGAUGGAUUGGUGUGCCCAUAGGAUAGGGAGAUUGUCACUUGACGGAUGGAGUGGUGUGGCCCUAUCGUAGGUAGAUUGUCACUUGACUGAUGGUUUGCUGUGCUAAUUAGGGUUUAUAGGUAGAUUGUCACGUGACUGAUGGAUCGGCAUGCCCACGAAGUAGGGAGAUUUUUCACUUGACUGAUGGGCUGGUGUGUCAAAAGUAUAUAGCGUACUUGAAAUACGUCUUGGGCUACGUGUGUUUGCGCAAAAGCUUAUGGCUACAUUAGCGCUGACAUUUAACAUGGCUACAAUAUUGUUGAUCUCUGACACAACAAGAUGUAGGAGUCUACAUCAUGAGCCGACUGAUUCUGGUUCAUGGCCGAAAGCUUAUUAAAUCUAAAAUGAUCUUCAUGUCGGUCAUAUCCCCUCCGACGUUCUCCCUCUCUCACGUUGGCAUCCUUCCUCCCUCCUGUCCUAUACUCCCACGAGAAUGACCACUUGCCUCUGUCCGGCUGUCCGGAAGCUGAUUCCAUUUUUUGUCCGCUUCAGUCUAGCCGUCCAGUCAAUAUUCUAUUAUACCCUUGUUUGCCCGAGGCCUGGUCGAGGUCUUUGUCUUGGGGCGGGGGCCGAUUUUCUCCUGACUGACCACUAAUUAAGGCGGCCGGUAGCCAGCGGUCAAGCCAUUAAUGAAACAUCCUGUUCCAGUUAGAAGUCGGUAAUUGACAGCAGGAAUCGUCUCCAGAGCGCUGCCAGGUUUUUCUGGGAGUUGACGAGGUACCAGGGAAUCGAUCGAUGAUCUGGAAUUCUAUAUUUAAAAAAAAAAAAAAAACAUAUGUAGUCAGUGAUCUACGGGGCAUGGUCCCUAAUACCGCAGUGUUUCUCAUAUUUUUCAAAGCCACGGACAUGUAAAAAUAGGAAAACAUAUUUUGUGAACCGCUACGAGAAUGAAAACUCUUAUAAUAUCAGUCUUGUGGGUGAUUUAAAAGCAAUUUCGUGUGGGCUCUCCACCUGGCAGCUGUCCAGCGUGUCCCUGUCUGGACACUUGCCACAACCAGCACUACAUUGUUGAAUUGUCUCUCAGCUUCAUAAUUUGUGUGUGUGUGGUUGCGUUUGGAUGGGUUUGAGUGGGUGGGUGUGGUGGUUGUGGUGGGUAUGUGUGGUGGAUGUGUGUGUGUGUGUGGUGGGAAUGGGUGUGUGUGGUGGGUGUGUGGGUGUGUGUGGUGGGUGUGUGGGUGUGUAUGUGUGGUGGGUAUAGGUGUGUGUGGGUGUGUGUGGUGGGUGUAGGUGUGUGUGGUGGGUGUAGGUGUGUGUGGCGGGGUGGGGCUGUAGGUUGGGGGGGUGGUGGGUUUGGGGGGGGUGGGUGUGGGUGGGUGUGUGUGGUGGGGGGGGGUGGGUUUGCGUGGUGAGUGUAAGUGUGGGUGUGGCUGUGUGGGUGGGUGUGGGUGUGCGUGGUGGGUGUGUGUGGUGGGUGGGUGUGGUGGUUGUGGGUGUGUGUUGUGGGUGGGUGUAUGUGGGUGCUAAUCUUUCAAGUCACCACCGACCCAUUUCCUGUGACGUUUCAUUACAUAUUUGAGUCCGGUCUAGAUCAAAAGUUAGACAACAAAAAAAACAUAUUUACGUGCAGGGCAAGGUGGAGGCUGAACUGCACCUGAUGACCACAGAAGAAGCUGAGAAGCACCCGGCUGGACUCGGCAGAUCCGAGCCCGACC